UGGUAUUGAAAGAUUCAAAUUGGCGCGUUGAAUCGGAUCAUGCGCACUAGAAACUACGCCUCCUACCCUAAAUACCGGACAUUGCAGAUUGCAGCAAACAACGGUGGCAGCAUCAUCAAAUGAAGUGCAGUGCGAGACAACCCUUUUUCGGUAACUUCAUGUCGUGAAAAGUGUUGAGAAAAUUAAUAAAAAAGUAAUUAGUGUGGAGACUUUUCCGUAUGGAGAACUCUAAUUCGGAAGGCGUCGUCCUACCGGACAUUUCCGAAGCCGAACAUCUUGCGAGCGAGCACGAUGGCGGCGAUAUCGAAAAUGGCGAGUCUGUCGUUGAUUCAAAGAAAUCGCUCGUUUCUACUGUUUCCGUGCGACAUGCAGGGGUUCCUGUUACCCUUCCGGUCGGAUCGCUCAUUACAAGUACCUUCAAUGUUAUCACCCAGGAUCAAAUUCCGCAUUUUAAGCCGAUGUUAUGCGUGGAUAACAGCGGUUACCUAGCUGACGGUUCUAGUGGUGAACUCAAGACCAUUGUUAUCCAGCAAGAAGACGUCUCAGGGGGCAGCGGUGUUAAUACACCUGUGAGCGUUUCGGCCCCAAAUCUGGGAAGUUGGAACGAUGCUGCGAACGCUGCCGUUUUACCUGUCCGAUGUAAAAAUACGUCAGCAGAGCUCCACAAGUGUCGUUUCGGGUCAGGGGGUAGGGGGCGUUGUAUCAAACUAGGGAAUUCCUGGUAUACACCUAGUGAAUUUGAAGCGCUGUGCGGAAGGGCUUCCAGUAAGGAUUGGAAAAGGAGCAUCAGAUUCGGAGGAAGGAGUCUGCAAACUUUAAUUGACGAAGGCAUAAUCCUGCCGCACGCAACGAGUUGCACGUGCGCAGCUUGCUGCGAUGAUGAGUCAGCCACGGGGCCGGUCCGCUUGUUCACUCCAUACAAGCGAAAACGUAGGAAAGAAAACGACUCCGGUAAGAGAUCCAACGGCGACGACAGCGACCACCAAACCAAAGAGGAAGCUUGGCAGAAUCUGGCUGAAGGCCUCGACUCCACCGAUUAUCAGCUGAUCGAGCCUAUGGGGGCCACUGUGGACACUCACACUCAGAUUAAAAGGCUGGAAGAGAUCGCAUUGCAGAUCAACCGAUUGGCGUUGGAGUUUCGAAGGGGUUUGGAGGAUCUGAAGGAGAAUGUGAACAGGCAGAGUGAGAAAUUUCAAAGAGAGAAGGACACGGCAGUGUUGGCGGCGAGAGUUGAGGCGCAAGUGGCUGCUCUUCAGCCUGAAGGGACUACAGAUUCUACCCUUCAACCUGCCAUGGAUAAUGAGAAUCACAAAAAAUGUGCAAACUGCAACAGAGAAGCUCUGGCGGAAUGUUCGUUGUGCAGAAGGACGCCCUAUUGCUCGACGUUUUGCCAAAGAAAAGACUGGGCUUCACAUCAAGUGGAGUGCGUCAGGGGUGUUGCAGCGGCGGCUAGCGAUGGAGGCCAACAGUCCAUAAUGCUUAUCGUCGAGAGCGCAGACCAACAGUGAUUUUUAUCUGAACCCAUUCAAACUAACUUAUUUUGGUACCAAAUAUUUUUUAAGCAAAUAUAUUAUAUAAUAUACAAAUACUGUGUAAGUAUGAGUGGACGAAAAUGUUUUCUGAUUUGGGUUGGUUAGAUUUUUAGUUUGAAUCGUUCAAGGAUUAUUUUUAUUAUUUCUGUACAGGAUGUUUCCAGAUAUCAAAAAGCAUGCAAAUCGCAUACUUUGAUGUAUUGAUUUAAUCGGCAACAACAAUGUUUUAUUCAUCAUUCGUUAAUCAAUUUAAGACCAUGCAUUUUUUUUUCUUUUAAUUGCAUUAUUUUUUUUUUGUAUGGCGUGAUCCACAAAAAAUGUGUGUCUAAAGUAGAUCAUGGAAAAAUACAGCCAAGCAAUUCUAGAUUAAUAUAGAGGUGUGCAUUAUGGAUAUGACUUGUAUUUAUAUCUUGUCAGUCAUGGCCUACUUUAAAAACAUUUUUUGUGGAUCACUCCUUAUUUAAAACUGUUAAAAAUGGACCAAAACAGCCAAUAUCUUGACCGUAUUUGAGGUUUUAUUUUAGAAUCGAAAUAUAAAGGUAAUUUACACCAUUAAUAAAAAAUGCGUAGUGGAUUUAUUUAUGUUUGGUAUAAUGUCUAUCUCGAGACAUCCUGUAUAUAUUUACUCCUCAGUACAUAUCCUACACCUGUAUGAUUUAUUGUACAAUGUACAUCAAGUAGUCUUUUUGUUUUUGAGCAAAAAUAAUGUAGAAUUUUGAAUUUAAAAUGUUAUUUUUAUUUUUACCUAUAUAAAUAUUUUACUUUACUGAGACAACAAAUGCAAUUUUUCUUUGUGACGAUCUGUAAUUUUUUUAUGGCCCGAUCUAGUGGUACCUACAUUUUGUUAAUUGACAGUAAAUAUUUUGACCUUACUUCAUCGUGGCCUUGUAACAUUAAUGUUAACAGAAAUAUUUGUUUGAAGUAGCCUAUUAGAUUACCUGAUUUGAGGUCGUUCAAAAUACUGCUUAAUUCUUGAAAUAGAAAUUUAUUUGAAUUAUCAGAUUCAAUGUAUAGGUUGUCCCAUUUGAAAGAUGAAGCUGCCAUCAAGCGUUUUUUUUUAUUAUUCAUGUAAUAUAGUAACGAUUAUUAUUUGGACAAAUAGAUCGAAAUUGCCACAAAAGAAAUUAAUUAAAAAGUAAAUUUAGGUUUUCUUGGGACGUCCUAUAUUUAAUUCUGCAUUAUUACCUGAAUGGUUUAUGAUAGAAUGACUCACUAACAGGUGACCCGAUUUGAGCCUGUUAAUUUUUUAUUUCAAAAUAAUGUAUGUACCUUUAAUUUAGUUGUCCAAUUGUACAAAAGCUGUUUAAUUUUGGGACACUGUAUAUAAAUAUAUUUGUUAAUUUUAUUUCCCUAUUGGUACAUUUCAACCUGGAAGUUGAUUUGAUUGAAAAAAAAUGUAGACCGUUAGCACUUUGUAUAUAAGUAUUUUUAUUUAUCAUUUAUCACCCACCCCUUAACCCCCAUAUACAUGUAAAAAUGUGUCGUUUUUGUGGGCUAACUCUUUUUUAAAUGUAUAAAAAUAGCUAAAAAAAGGUUUUCCAAAUUCUGAAUGAAUUUAUUGUGAAAAUUUCUGCCACUGUGAUACGUUUAUAUCAAAAUAUGAAUAGGUCACUAUUAAUUUGAUUGUUAAGAUUGGUUUUAUUUAAUAAAAAAAC